AUGGUUUACAAGAAGAAUCAGUCUGAAGCGUCGAACCCGGGUGAGGGUUUACCGCCCCUGUCUCCCAGUGAUUUUCGCACUUAUAACCGCAUGUCCGAGCAAAUGGAAGCAUUUCACAGCCAUUUCCGUUUAACGUGGAAUCAACUCUGGGAAGCUUGCAGCAAUACUGGCAAGCGACCUAGCGGCCUAUCAGCUCGUCAAAUGAUCAUGAUGGGUCUGCAGUUCUGCUCGCAGUUGGAUUUUCACCACUCCAUUGAAGAGCAACACAUCUUCCCCGUGCUGGCCAAGAAAAUGCCUGAAUUCCGGAAAGAACUAGAAUUGUUGAGCCAACACAGACAGAUUCAUGCCGGACUCGAGAAACUUGAGAAGUACCUUGGAGAUUGUCGCUCUGGUGAAGAAGACAUGCGCCGUGAGGAGAUGAAACGGUUGAUGGAAGGAUUUGCAGAAGUCCUGUGGACACACUUGGAUCAAGAGGUCCAGACUCUACGCGCGGAGAACAUGCGCAAAUUCUGGUCGUUGGAGGAGAUGCGUCGUCUGCCUAUGUGA